GUCCUUGUUCCCGUUCCCUCGCUCUCUCCCCCCCCUUUCCGUCGCCCUCGCUCUCUCCCCCCCCUUUCCGUCGCCCUCGCUCUCUCCCCCCCCUUUCCGUCGCCCUCGCUCUCUCCCCCCCCUUUCCGUUGCCCUCGCUCUCUCCCCCUCCUUUCCGUCGCCCUCGCUCUCUCCCCCUCCUUUCCGUCGCCCUCGCUCUCUCCCCUCCCUUUCCGUCGCCCUCGCUCUCUCCCCUCCCUUCCCGUCGCCCUCGCUGUCUCCCCUCCCUUCCCGUCGCCCUCUCUCUCUCCCCUCCCUUUCCGUCGCCCUCGCUCUCUCCCCUCCCUUUCCGUCGCCCUCGCUCUCUCCCCUCCCUUCCCGUCGCCCUCGCUCUCUCCCCUCCCUUCCCGUCGCCCUCUCUCUCUCCCCUCCCUUUCCGUCGCCCUCGCUCUCUCCCCUCCCUUUCCGUCGCCCUCGCUCUCUCCCCUCCCUUUCCGUCGCCCUCACGUUCUCCUCUCAUUCCACCAACACCAAUGACCCUCCUAUCUCCCUACCAUUCCGCGGGUUUUGCCCACGCAUCUCUCAUUUCGCGUCCUCGUUUCUGUUGACUAUCUUUCUCUUUGCUCGUCCCCUGAUAUUCUCUGUUUUCCGCUUCUUGUUUUUCUCAUGUUGUCAUUGCCGCCCUAGCAGGGACAUGCUCUAA